AUGUCGUCGGAAGAUCCCAGCACAGAACGUGCAGGAUCUUCCACCUCGCUGUUGGCCUUGAUACCCGAUCGCGCCCAGCUGGAAAAAGAGCGUCUCGCGCGUGUAGCCGCACGCGAAAGGCGUACCAAUACGCAGAAACGUGCGCGAUCUACGUCUCCAACAGCACCCGACGAAGUGCCACCUCGCGCCAAGGCUUCUGCGCAUGCCAUCCAUCCGCGCUAUAUUCCUAUCUCUCCAGAAGAUCGUUUCUGGAAGGGGGCUCUUAAGGCCACCUACAAUCGAUAUGCUCGCGUAUCCAAAGCAGGCUCUACGCUCGCGCAAGCCAUAGCGCCUGCUUCAUCCACGGAGCGAUGCGGCCUCGAGCGCGUGCUUCUCACCUCCUAUGAUGUCGAAAUUGACUGGAUUGAGUCGCUUUUCCCGGCCAAUGUACCUGUCACGUAUAUCGGAAAUCCACCCCGGGGCGACUCUCGCACAGAUCCAUCUGUACCAUCACCAGGGUUUUAUGCGAGCGAUACCAUGCCGAAUUGGGAAAUGUGUAUACCCAAGAAGCCCCAUCCCAGGGCUCUCCAGCAUAUGAAGCUUCUUCUUUUGUAUUAUUCGACUCAUCUUCGAGUCAUUGUGUCGACCGCCAAUCUCACACAGCUGGACUGGUCGCGGUAUGAGAACAUGUUGAAUCUUGCCUUGGCGGAAGGUGAAGUAUACAGUCAGCCUGCCAAUACAGGUGUGGGUGUACAUGAAAGUACACAGUUAGUGGCAGCAGUGGAUGCACUAAAGAACACAACACACCCUGUCCGCAUGGAAGAUUUUGCCCUCGUGCAUAAUCUUCAUGCUCUAUUGGAUCGAAACAGUAGCCUCUUUCAAAGGUUUAAGCAGCAUCCCAAAGUUCUUUAUGAUGAAAAAACCGACCUAUGGAGCUACAAGCCUGACUAUGAUAUACAUUCCCCCGCAGAUAUUGUUGCAUUGCUACGCCAGAAGUAUUAUCAUCCAUCUGCUCUUACACCUCUCUCCUCAGCAGCUGGAAUGCGUGUGGCAGAGCUGCGAGAGUCAUAUCCACAAGCGCGCGAGGCGAUUGAAGAGCUUGUGAAUGAACAGCCGAUCGAAAACCGACAGGUCUUGGUUCUUCGCGGGAAGCGAGAUGGGGCUAUUAAGCAUGUAUUUUGGAAUCCCAUCCAGGGUGAAAUAGUCAAGCCUAUUGAUGAAGAAUUUAAAGAACUAUGGCGUGGACUCACUGUGCCUAAUGUGGUGGAUCUGGCUAGCGAUCUUGAGAAUGAGGGUUUGAGUGCCACCAAGAUGGUCGAAAGUACAGCCAAAUCUGUGCCAUCUUCCGGCCCGGCGCCGAAGGGCAAGAAGGGCAAACGCGGGGCUGCGCCACGCAAAUUCAAAUUACAAAACACACAUUUGAAGGGCGUGGACCUAAGCAAAGACUUUGUCAAACCAAGUGGUUGA